AUGACUAACCCAAAGAGAAAGAGGAGAGGCACCUGCUAUAUGUUUUCUAGGCCUUUUAGAAAACAUGGAGGUGUUCUUUUGGCAACAUACACGCAAACCUACAAGAAAGGUGAUUCUGUAGACCUCAAGGCUGGGCACUGCUCAAAAGGAAUAACCAACAAAUGUUACCAGGGCAAAACCGGAAGAGUCCAGAGUAUACUUAGCAGACUUGUUGGCAUCACUGUAAACAAACACGUUAAGGGCAAGAUUCUUGCCAAGGGGACUGAUGCUCAUACAAUCUAUAGCAGCAGAAAUAGCUUCCUGAAACUUGUGAAGGAAAAUGAUCUAAAGAAGGAAGCCUAAGAGAAAGGGACCUGGGUUCACCUGAAGCCCCAGCCUGCUCCCCGCAGAGAAGCACACUUUGUGAGAACCAGUGGAAAGGAGCCUGAGCUGCUGGAAUCUGUUCCUUAUGAAUUCCUGGCAUAA